GGCUGGACUCCGCUCCAAAAUAAGUUCACUCAUUUCACAACGCGACGACUGGGCGGCUCAACAAUAGUCCUAGUUUUAACAGACGUAUUGUGAAGGAGUUGUCUAAGUUUAGUUCAGGCUGAACUUUGCUGUCUUAGUUUUCAACGGAACUAAGGUCCAUCGGGAAGUGGGUUACCACCACCACUCCGCAGCCAUGAGUUCCCAGAACAGAUAUGCUAGCAGCAUGUUCCAGACGAUGGACGAGGACCUGAAUGCGUCUCUGGCCCAGGCUGAUGAGUUAUCCAGAGAGUUUACCUCUCUGUUGCAGGAGGUCUCCCCCAGCACACAGUCUGUUUCUCAGACUACAUCUGAUGCUGUGAUCCCCAGAGAAAUGCCCCAGCCCUCAACCUCAGAGAGACAGACAGGAGGAGGCUCCAGCUCUCUCCCCUACUCCUCCAGCUCUACCCUCCCCUACUCCUCCAGCUCUACCCUCCCCUACUCCCCCAGCUCCAGCUCUCUCCCCUACUCCCCCAGCUCCAGCUCUCUCCCCUACUCCCCCAGCUCCAGCUCUACCCUCCCCUACUCCCCCAGCUCCAGCUCUCUCCCCUACUCCCCCAUCUCCAGCUCUACCCUCCCCUACUCCCCCAGCUCCAACCUGGAUUCCAUGUUCUCCAGCAGUAAGGUGAUGCCCUCCUCCUACGGUCAGCUGACCCCUCCCAACCGAUCGCCUCGUACCCAGCGUCGUGCGUCUCCUUCUUCGUCUCGCCGAAUGACCUAUGACCGCAGCCCGCGAGGCUCAAUCAGCUAUAUUGAUUCAAACCACUCCCCUCCUUCUCCUGCUCCUGGCUACGAUCAAUCACAUCGGGGGAGGGUACAGCCCUCACACUCCAAUCUGCUAUCCCCGUAUGACUCUGCUACGAUGGGUCGGACAUCCCCACGACUGGGCCGAAGCCACUCCCCUUGCAAGUUCAGCCAACCAGCAGCAUCCAGCACCCUGCCACGGAACUUUGUGUCUUUCAGCCAGUCUGAUGAUGUCAUGCAGAGACCGAAGAACCAAGGUAAAUGGAACGAGACCGAUCUGGACGCGGCAUCUCAUAAGAAGAAACCUCACCACUCCUACGACAAGACUGAGUGGCUGAGACCGUUGGUGCCAAACACCAACUGGAGAGAAUCUAACCUGGAUGGCCCUUCCCCCUCUAAGAAGGACACCCUCCCUCGUUCCCACCAGUCCACCCACUCAUCUCUGCCCCGUAACACCCGUAUUACUGUUCCUCCCGACUCGUCCUCCCUCUACCAUGCCCCUCCCCAACCAAUCAUAUCCCGUAUCUCCAUCCCCCCCUGCUCCUCCUCCUCCCAGCCCCCCCGUCAGCACAGACCCAUCCCUCUCUCCGUCAUCAUGCGGCUCCAGAACCCCUACUGGGCAUCGUCUGCCCUCCACCCCCGGGCCCUGGGUACCGAGAGGGAUAUGGGUCUGUACCGCCAUGCUGUACCCAGGGAGUAUAGGGAUUACCUGGAGUACAGAGAGUACCAGCCACAGACCCAGCCACAGACCCAUGAGCUCAGGCAGCCAGCCUUCCACGGGGAAGUGCUGAAACCAGGUGAUGUUGACAUUGAGUUGGAGCGACUGGACCCAAUUCAUCAAAGUCCCAUGGCCCCUGACCCAGCUCUCCCAGAGAAAGGGAGGGAGCCAGAGAGAGGAGGAGGAGAACCCCAGGCGGUGGCCCCCAGGCCCCUCAGCCCGUCCAGACUGCAACCAGUGGUGGCUGCAGAGAGCCCAGAUGUCCCUGACAUGGAAGAGCUGCUUCGGAUCCGCUCUGAGAUCCCCCGGGCCCUGAAGAGACGUGGCUCUGUGACCCCUAUCUCCAAUCUUGACCCAAACCCUGAACCGGGGUCACAAGCCCCUGUCCAACCCCAGAAGAAGCCAGCCUCCCUGCAGCCGGACCACAAUCACAAACAGUACAAACAGAUCAUGAAUAAACUUUUCCGGAGGAAGGGGUUGACGGGCCAGCAAGGGGGGGAGAUGGGGAGUGACUACAGCUCCUCCUCGGAUGGAGAAGGGGACAGCUCUACAUCCCUCUCCCCUGUCACUAACCCUGUCCCUAACACUGGACCUAACACUGGACCUGCCUUGCCAGAGUACAGGGUAGGGGUAAGGGGGUUGUGGACCCAAAUAAAGCAUUCAGUGUGUGUUGACAGCAAGCAUGAGGUUCACCCCUGCGUGGUCUGUGCCCUGCAGAUGAAUGACCCGAGCCAGCCGAACGACGAGGGCAUCACAGCCCUCCAUAAUGCCAUCUGUGGAGGUCACUACAGCGUGGUGGACUUCCUGGUUCGUAUAGGAGCCAACGUCUCCGCCCCAGACAGCCACGGAUGGACCCCCCUCCACUGUGCAGCAUCCUGUAACGACCUUCCUCUCUGUCAGUUCCUGGUGAGGAACGGAGCAGCCGUCAUGGCGGUGACGGAGAGCGAUGACGCCACAGCGUCUCAGAAGUGCGACCCGUACGCUAUGGGCUUCGAGGAGUGCGAGAGCUUCCUCAGGGGUGUGGAGGAGGCGAUGGGUGUGGAGAACAGUGGGGUACUGUAUGCCCUGUGGGAGUACCCUGCCCAGGAGGCAGACGAGCUGGGCUUCAGAGAGGGGGACAUGGUGACUAUCCUCCAGAAGCCUGACGGGGUAGAUUGGUGGUGGGCAUCACUUUGUGGCCGAGAGGGAUUCAUACCUAACAACUACUUUGGGCUGUUCCCUAAAGUUCGUCCUAAGUCCCUGUGCUAGACUCCUCUAGCCAAUCAGCCCUCGCCCCACUGAAUGGCUGGAACGGGAACUGGAGAAGAAAACGGCUGUUGAAAACCUGGGAGGAGAAACCACAUUACGCAGUAUAACCUUUGUUCCUUUGUCCUGCCUGAUUUCACUAAGAAGUGAACUAGAAUAACAAGACAUGAGUCACUACAGUGAGACAUAGGGCAGGUACUAGACAGGUACUGGGCAGGUACUAGACAGGAGUGUCAGUGAUGAUAUUGCUGCAUUAUACUUCGUCAAUGAUCUCAAUGUGU